AUGACCACGGUCUCCGAUCACCCCAUUACGCGACCAAAGAUGGCGCCCCCAGUGACGAUACAAAAACCUCCAACAUGGAAUACCAAAGAUCUCGGACUUCGAUUGGGUGUCGAUGUCGCCAGUGCAGCAACUGCCGGCGCGCUGACAUGUCCGCUGAUCACUAUUAUUGAUCGAGCCAUUAUCGAAAAGGCCUCAAAAGGUUUUCCCAUCCGACAAACCCUCACCAACUGUGUACGGUCUAUGGUCUCAAAACCCAGCGGAUUCUUCUUGAGCACACCAUUCAUCCUCAUCUACACCCUGUACAGCGCCACAUAUUUAACCGCCAAUGCCAUCGAUACCCUCUCUUCCACUCUUCGCGAUCAGUCAUAUUCCACCGUAACCGCCGAUGCGCGAUUUGCCAAAAUCUUCGGUGCCAACCCUCCACCAACUCAACCUUCCUCCGGUGCAGGCGCAGGCACAGGCGCAUCAUCAUUCAGUUGCCAUCCCCCAAUGACCGCUUCCGCCCCCAAGAUCCCAAAAGUCUCAUACGGCCUCUUCUGUCUCCGUGAUAGUAUCACCAUCUUCGCCUCAUUUAACGUUCCCUCUCUUAUCGCACCCUCAAUACCCGACUUUAUCGCCGAAACUUCUCGCAUGAAGGCUACUAUCGCGCAAUUCUCUUGUCCGGCUCUUAUGCAAUUCGCUAGUACGCCAAUGCAUCUCCUUGGUCUUGAUCUGUAUAACAGACAACCGCCCGGUGGAUUACCCUGGGGUGAUCGCGCGGCGCGUAUUCGAAGAGAUUAUAUCUCUAGUUCGUUUGCGCGUAUGGGCAAGAUUGUUCCGGCUUAUGGUGUUGGUGGAGUUGUUAAUGUCCGGAUGAGAGCGGCGUUAAUGGCUAAACUGGAGAAGAAUUGA